UUCGGCGCUGCUAGGUGGGAUCCCGGGGUCUGCACACUCGAGGUCGCAGGAGGAGCUGGGUCAUCUCCCGAACCGCAUGGGUCGCCGCACCCUUCUAGCCUUGUUCCUGUUGCUGCUCCUCCGCGAGCCCCAAAGAGCCGCGUCUGGCGUAUCCGUGCAGGUGCUCCCCAACGUGACUGGCCUCUUGAACGAGUCUGCCUACUUGCUCUGUAGCCUAACGUCUUCAGAGAAUGUGACGGUCACACAGGUUACGUGGAUGAAGAGAGAGCAGCCAUAUGGUUCUCAUCGUACUUUGGCUGUGUUCCACCCCAUGAAGGGACCCAGCAUUGCAGACUCAGAAAGGGUGAAGUUCUUGGCCUCCAGGCUGGACAGGGAUCCGUGGAACGCAUCUCUGUCCCUGUCCCACCUGCGUCUUGAAGAUGAAGGCAUCUAUGAAUGUCAGUUUGCCACUUUCCCUGUAGGCAGCAGGAGUGCCACUGUCUUGCUGUGGGUGCUUGCCAAGCCUAACAAUACGGCAGAGCCCCUGAAGCCGUCUCCCGUCUUGAUGGAGCAGCCCGUGGCUAAAUGUAUCUCCAUUGGCGGUCGUCCUCUGCCGGAAAUCGACUGGCUCUCAGACCUAAACGGAACCUUCAAUGAAACUCACGAGUCACGGCAGGGCACCUUCAUAGUUAUCAGCACUUACUACUUGACGCCCUCGAUCCAGGCCGACGGCAAGAACAUCACCUGCAGGGUGAAACAUGAAAGCCUCCAGGAGCCGGAACUGAGGUCUUUGACCCUCUCUUCGCCCUAUCCUCCUGAAGUGACCAUCUCUGGCUAUGACAACAAUUGGUGUGUGGGUCGCACUGGAGUGGCCCUCACCUGUGACGCUCGAAGCAAACCAGAGCCCUCCGGCUAUAAAUGGAGCAUGGCCACAGGUCCUCUGCCCAACACCACCAAGGUCCAGGACAAUCGGCUCCUAAUCGACACUGUGGACAAGGCCACUCUCAACAAUGUGACCUUCAUCUGCAAUGUCACCAAUGCCUUAGGGUCCCAGCAGGCCCAAAUAACCAUCCAUGUUGAAGCCACUGAGAAGCAAGGCUCAAGCACAGGCAUCAUCAUCGGCCUCAUCUUCGGCAUCAUCAGCAUUCCCAUCUGCAUCUUGAUUGUCAUGGUCAUCUUAAAGAAAUGUGGCAUAAUUGCAUCCUUAUGGUGUUGUCGAUCUCAGCGUUCCAGGCCCAAUUUAAGGCCCUCAAAUACUGAGUAUUCAGUUGUGAACAGCAACGACUUAGAGAUGAAUGGCACGAGGCGCCAAAACCAGGGGACAACUGGGACCCAUGAGGAGAGAUAAAGAAGCCUCCAGAGAGACUGGCCACCCCGUGUGGUGAGCACCGAAAGUUCGGGGAUGCCCCAGGACCCUCAUAAAUUCCUCAUUGUCAGAAAGUAUGUGUGAAGCUCAGUGUGGGGCCCACAGCUGCCAUCCCAGCAAGCAGGAGGACUGGACUGAAGCAGGGGCCUGGGCUACAGACUGAAGUCCAGUCUGUACGUAGCCGAGCAAACCAGCAGGCUUGAGGUGUUCAGGAACCGGGACAGUAGCUGCAGUGAGUGUUCGCGCUGGCGACAAACCCCCUACCUCACGUUGGACCACGUAGAAUGUUCCAGGAGCUGAGUGGUUGGCCCCUGAGGUUCAACCUCAGAAUCUCUUUGUCAGUUGGGUCAUUCAAGGUGCUCCCUCGCUUGAUAAGGUCUCACUGUGUAGCCAAGGCUGGGCUCAAACUCAGAGAUCCGUCUCUACCUCCCAAGUGCUCCAAUUAGAAGCGUGUGCCGCCACACCCUUCUCCAUCUACUUUCUGAUGAAGUGAAGAAAAAAUAUAUAUAUAUUUAUAAAAGUUAUAUAGUUUUGUAUAUGUAUUUUUGAGACCGAGUUUUAUAUAGCCCAGGCUAGCCUCAAACUUAUAGGCA